AUGGCAUCGUUGAGAAACCGAUGCUGCAUCCUAGUGACUCUGAUCUUCCUUUUGGGAGCUUGGACUUGCCAAGCCGCGGGUCGCACCCUCCAGCAAGACGAUCCCAUGUACGAGAUGCACGAGCAAUGGAUGGCCCGUUACGGGCGUGUGUGCACGGACAUGGACGAGAGGCAAAGCCGUUUCCAGAUAUUCAAGGCAAACACACGACUGAUUGAGUCGUUUAAUCGGGGAAGUGGCAAGCCUUACAAGCUAAGCGUCAAUCAGUUUGCCGACCUCACGAAUGAAGAAUUCAAGGCGAGGAACCGAUUCAAGUCACACGUGUGCUCCGCCGAGGCCGCGUCUUUCAAGUACGGAAAUGGCACCGCGGUGCCUUCCAGCAUGGAUUGGAGAAAGAAAGGAGCCGUGACCCCUGUUAAGAACCAAGGCCAAUGUGGAUGUUGUUGGGCUUUUUCAGCCGUGGCAGCGGUGGAAGGAGUCCAUGAAAUAACCACAGGUAAGUUGAUUUCCCUUUCCGAGCAAGAAUUGGUCGACUGCGACGUCCGCAGCUAGGACCAAGGAUGCGAAGGCGGUUGGAUGGAUAGCGCGUUCCAAUUCGUCGAGAAGCACGGCCUCACUACUGAGAUGAAUUACCCCUACACAGGCACGGACGGUAAGUGCAAUGCAAAACGGGAAUCCAACCGUGCCGUGACCAUAAAGGGAUACGAAGACGUUCCUGCCAAUAGCGAGGAGGCGUUGCUGAAAGCUGUCGCUAACCAGCCGGUUUCUGUGGCCAUCGAUGCCGGAGGAUUUGAGUUCCAAUUCUACUCCAGCGGCGUGUUCACCGGAGCCUGUGGGACAGAUUUGGACCAUGGUGUCACCGCCGUCGGGUACGGGACCAGCGACAACAGUACCAAGUAUUGGUUGGUGAAGAACUCGUGGGGCGCGGAAUGGGGGGAGGAAGGGUACAUAAGGAUGCAGAGAGAUGUUACCGCCAAGGAAGGCCUCUGCGGCAUAGCAAUGAAGGCAUCUUAUCCUACUGCAUGA